AAAAUCUUAGCUAUUCGUUCAGGACGUGGCAAAAUCAUGGCAAAAAUGCACUCUUCGAAAUCACGGGGGUCCGAAAAUUGACGGACAGCAAGGCCAAACUGGAGUUGAGCAAGUUCUGACAUCCUAGUAUUGCAAAUCUUCCAUUUAGGCCUAAAUUGUGUAUGGCAAAUUAAAAUUUGAUGAAGUUUUCUUUCUAACCACCUGGGAAAAUUUAUAUAUGCACCCGUCGUUCGCGUCACUAAAAUUAACACCGUAUUUUCAAGAAACUAAUAAAAAGUACACGCGCUCAACUUGAAGUGCUUGUGGGAAAAUUAAUUGCGCCCCCUGUUGAUUGGAGGAAGUUAGCCCCGCAAACAGCUGAUCAUGUCGCGGGUCUGUUCUUCGAUUGUGUAUGUUUUGCGAAAAUCUUUGAACGUUUCUUCCAACAUGUAAAAGGGUGAUGACAUUUUUAAAGACUGACUGCAAGUGAGAUACAGAAACUGAGCAAGGACCAGGCUGAGACUAAGAUGGCUCAGAAAGAAAAGAGAGUGAAAUUAGAGGCGGAGCAUUCGGAAGCCACACCUCAAUCAGCAGCAAGAUCAGCCAAGCAGCACGUCCUUGUAGGCUGCACAGGCAGCGUCGCCUCAAUCAAGCUCCCUCAACUUGUCCAGGAACUGCUUAGGCAUGAGCAGCUCCAGGUGUCCGUAAUUGCCACGGAGAAUGCCUGUCACUUUUUCCAAGCAUCAGAUCUCCCCGGAGAAGUUGCAGUCUACCGCGACGCGGACGAGUGGUCGAUGUGGAAGAACCGCGAUGAUCCCGUCUUACACAUCGAGCUGCGGCGACGCGCCGACCUCCUCGUCAUAGCACCACUCGAUGCCAACACCCUUGCCAAAGUUGCCAACGGCAUUUGUGACAAUCUCCUGACGUGCGUUGUCCGAGCGUGGGACCUGGCCAAACCUCUGUUGUUCUGCCCCGCCAUGAAUACCCACAUGUGGAACCACCCCAUCACCGCCGAGCAGAUCAACACUCUCAAGUCGCUGGGCUAUAGCGAAGUACCCUGCGUGGAAAAGAAGUUGGCUUGCGGAGAUACAGGUGCUGGGGCCAUGGCUGAAGUGUCCACCAUUGUGACAGCAGUACUUGACGCUCUCAACAGGUAGCCAAGACGGUUGCUGCUCAUUUAGCACCACAAGUGUUGGUUUCCUGCUCAUUUACAGUGUUGGAUUCCUGCUCAUUUAGCACUAUGGUGUUGGGUUUUUACCCCUGUUGGCUGCAAGCCGAGUUGAAGACCCGAUUACAACCCACCAGCAGUCUACCAAGAUGGGUAAGAUGGGGACAGCUUGUCAGUGUGUGACUGCUGCUGUCGUCCACUGACGAGGCUCGGCCGAUUGAAGUAAAUGCCAGAGGACUCGAUUCAGGAAUGGUGGAUGGUACUGUAGCCAAUUACCGAGCAUGAAAGCAGAAUAGGUUUAUGCAGUAUUUUGCACGUGAAACGGAUGCAGAAACUAUCUUGCUUGACCACUUUCCACCUGCACAAUCCAGCAGAAUCUGUCCAGUCAGAUGGAGCAUAUGUGGCCCUAUUAUCAGCAUCUGCAAUACUUUCAUUUUUAUCAAUGAAAGCAGUGUUUGGCUCCUGCCUCAGUAAAAUUGAAAUGACCAGGAAAAAGGUGUUUGGCUUAGCAGGCUUGCAAUGCUGCUUAAACAACAAACCCCAGGAAAAAUAUUUCUGAAGAGAAUCAAGGUGGUAACUUGGUGUUUCAGUCGAGGUGUUUGGACCACCAUCAGGAAGAAUGACAACAUUCGAGGGGUGCUUGUCCCGGAGGGGGGGGUGAUUGCUUCGUCCCCAAGAACUCAUCUGUGCCAUGCUCAGUUUUUAAAAACUCAAUCAGACACAUUGUUUUGUUUUUAAGGUCAUGUGAAGCGCCAGCCCGCUUGCAUUGAGCACCGCAGUGGAAAAAGUACACAUUUUGGGCUGACCUGACUUGGCAAAAUGGGCGCUGCGCAAGAACUCCACAUGUACAACCCCCCCCCUUCCUUAUAGGGUUAAGACUUUGACUUAUGCCUCAAGAUUCCUUUCACUCAGUAUAAACUCAGGUGGAUAGACAGCUUCUUCAUGUCGUACUACAUGUACGUUACCGUAGUGUUAUUAAAUGGAUAUAGUACAUGUACAUGUAGAUUCUUCAUUUACACAAAGUGGCAAAUCAAUUUAUAUAAAACAGGAGCAUUUCGUGUAAGAAACUACUUAUUAGUAUAAGGUUGUCCUUGAAAAGGACCAUUCUCAGUAGACUGCAUUGUACAGUAGAUGCAUUGCUGAUGCCCAGGACCAUAGGGCUGUGUUCCAAGCUCUGUGCUAACACCAACCUUUGACCCAAGGCAUGCCAGCUGCUAGUAAUUCACCAACAUUUAGGUUUUUAAAAUGAGUUUGAAGGAUUUGGAACUCUACAGCACACCAACUGACGCCAUCGACCAGGCUCGAGGUCCAUUAUUGCCUUCCUUGGGUUUGCUGUUUGUAGAGUUGGACUUUUUAGCGAGUGAGAAGCUAAGCAGCAAAAUGCAAAGAAAAAAGAGCUCAGGGCCAAGAUAAACUUGAGCAAUGUUAAAAAAAAACCUAUAGUUACUGGUAGGCAAUUCACGGCAUCAUCAGAACUCUUCUUUUUUAAGAGAGGAAGAGGUAUAAAAAUUUAUCUGCCUGAGAUGACGUCGUUAAUGUCGCAUGCACUUGAUAUACCUGUAUCACAUGAUUACUGUAAAUGUAUGUUGCCGAAUAACCAAAUAUUCGAUCGAUUAUCGAAUAUUUCAAUAUUAUAUUUCGAAUACAAAAUUCAUGAAAAGGGAAA